AAAAAAAAACAUCAUUUCCUUUGGUCCUAAAACCCUCCUAAAACCCCUAAAUUCUGUCUCCCUCUGCCUCCCGCCUCUCGCAUCUCACGCACGCAAUCCGGAAAGUUGCAGUCAAGUUUGCUCUCGAUUCAAUGCUUUGAGCAUGACGACGAGGCCAUUACAAGUGCUGAAAGCUCACGUGUCGAGCCCCAAGGCGUGGAUCGUGAUCGGCGUCACGCUCGCCGGCGUCGUGAUUCUCGCCGAGGCUCACCGGCGGCGGAGGAGGAGGACAGGAUCGGAGGCCGCGAAGGAAGAUUUCGGCGCUUUCUUGGAGAGAUUCGAGCUCCUUCCGUUCCCUCAGCCGCCUCCGCCCGCGCUUAAACAGCCGCUCGCCGGUCUCACUUUCGCCAUCAAGGACAUAUUUGAGGUGAAGGGAUAUGUGACGGGCUUUGGGAAUCCAGAUUGGGAGAGAACACAUGAGGCUGCUGAGAAGACGGCAGUGGUCAUCAAUGCGCUUCUAAAAAAUGGGGCCAAGUGUGUUGGAAAGACUGUUUUGGAUGAAUUGGCUUUUGGAAUGACUGGAGAGAACAUCCACCAUGGAACUCCUGUCAAUCCCCAAAUGCCUUCUCAUAUUCCAGGAGGAUCUUCCUCUGGUUCAGCCGUUGCUGUUGCAGCUGAACUCAUCGACUUUGCUCUUGGGACUGAUACUGUUGGAUGCGUGAGAAUUCCAGCAUCAUUCUGUGGUAUCAUUGGAUAUAGACCAUCACAUGGUGUUGUAUCUACAAUUGGGGUGUUGCCCAACUCACAAAGCUUAGAUACCGUUGGAUGGUUUGCCCGUGAUCCAUCAAUUUUGCAUCGUGUUGGACAUAUUCUACUACAAUUGAAUACAGUAGAACCUAGAAGGCCAAGGAGACUUGUUUUUGCUGAUGAUCUCUUUGAGCUUUCUAAGGUCCCAAAGCACAAGUCCCUUUAUGUUGUUAGUAAAGCAGCUGAAAAGUUGUCUGGGUAUCAGCCUCCCAAGCAUAUAAAUUUUGGUCAGCAUAUUGCUUCAAAUGUCCCCAGCCUUAAAAUUUUUUGUGAACAGUCAACUAAUCUUCAAAAUGGAAUAUCUACUCUCAAAGCACUUUCUUCUGCCAUGCUUUCGUUACAAAGGUGUGAAUUCAAAACAAACCAUGAAGAGUGGGUCACAUCAGUCAAACCCAGGCUAGGACCUCGGACGGCUAAUUGUGUUCUCACGGCAGUAAAUACUUCACUUGAAAACAUUAAAACUUUAUACAAAGUCAGAAGUGAGAUGCGAGCAGCCCUUCAAAGUCUCUUAAAGGAUGACGGUAUAUUGAUAAUUCCCACAGUGGCAGAUCCUCCCUUGCCAACAAACUUAAAGAAGCACUCCUCUGCUGAAUUUUUCGACAGAGCACUUGCGUUGAUAAGCAUCUCCAGCAUGUCUGGAUGCUGUCAGGUUAGCAUUCCACUGGGGAAACAUGAGGGCUGUCCCAUCUCUGUCUCAUUUAUUUCAUAUCAUGGAGGCGAUAAAUUUCUACUCGAUUCAGUUUUAGAUAUGUAUUCAUCUCUUCAAGAGCAAGCUACGGUUGCUUCUAGUUCAUUGCCAUUUGCAGAUACAAAUGGUAACCUGGAUACAUCUGAACUGUUAAAAGAAAAGGGUAAUGCUGCAUAUAAGGGACGCCAGUGGAAUAAAGCUGUAACUUACUAUAGUGAAGCUAUCAAAUUGAAUGGGGCAAAUGCCACUUACUAUUGCAACCGCGCUGCUGCAUAUUUGCAAUUAGGAUGUUUUCAACAAGCUGAAGAGGAUUGCACCAUGGCAAUCUCAUUGGAUAAAAAGAAUGUUAAGGCAUAUCUAAGACGUGGAACAGCUAGGGAGUCGCUUAUCCGCUAUAAAGAGUCUUUACAAGAUUUCAAGCAUGCUCUUGUUCUGGAACCGCAGAACAAGGACGCUAGUCUUGCUGAAAAACGACUCAGGAAAUUACUGAAUUGAUAUUAAUGUGAAUCUAAGCCUACCAUGAAGAUGCGGCGGUUUUGGAUGAUUGUGAAUGAUGAUGUUUACUGUUGUUGUCCUUUCAAGCUCAAGGAACAGAAUAAAAAGAGGAUGAAGCUUUAUGUGGAGGACAAAAUUUUUGCCACUCGUCUUGAACAUGAAUUUUUAAGGCUGUUGAUUGAAAAUGUGUGGUCAUAAUCAGAUUAAGCAAGUUUUGAUUCAAGACAGAAUCAUCAGAGUCGCUCCCUGCCCUCGACUGCAUUACUUGAAGUGAGUCGUGCUUGUAUCUAUAGCGCUGCUGAUCUUCCGCUUCUUUAAGUUUAUAAAAAGAUAGGGCUAUAUGCCGUGAUCUCAUUUU